CAGCGCGUAUUUCUGCACACUGUUUCACCGGCGUCACUUUGGAAGGCGCAUUUUUUUUGCAGACUUAUCAUUUUAUAAAAAAUUCUCCUGGCGUCAGCACAGCGGCUGCUGCAAAUUAAAUUACUAGUUAUUUAAAGUACAAACAAAAUGGGAAAGAAAUCCGACAAUCCUGAGAGUUCCGGCAAGGGUUCCGAUGGCGAGGAGGAGGAGGAGUUCGCAGUGGAGAAGAUCAUCGACCGGCGGGUCCGCAAGGGCAAGGUGGAGUACUACCUCAAGUGGAAGGGCUACGCCGAAACAGAGAACACCUGGGAGCCCGAGAGCAAUCUCGACUGCCAGGAUCUCAUCCAACAGUAUGAGCUGAGCCGCAAGGACGAGGAAAAGGCGGCGGCUUCCAAAAAGGACCGCCCCAACAGCAGUGCCAAGACCAAGGAAACUCCGGGACGUGUUAGCACAUCGUCGGCCACUACGAGCAAGAGAAAGUCGGAGGAACCAACAGCGCCAGCCAGCAACAAAUCAAAACGCACAACAGAGGUGGACCAGGAAAGCACUGAUUCCUUGCCAUCCGGCUCUACUGGAUUCGACCGCGGUCUGGAGGCCGAAAAAAUUCUGGGCGCCUCGGACAACAACGGCCGCCUGACAUUCCUAAUACAGUUCAAAGGAGUGGACCAGGCAGAAAUGGUGCCCUCUUCAGUGGCCAACCUGAAAAUCCCGCAGAUGGUGAUCCACUUCUACGAGGAGCGCCUGUCCUGGUACUCAGACAACGAGGAUUAGGCUCUGCUCUGAAGUUGCUUCAUCAAUAUCAAGAGCGCUCAUUUAUCCAACGAAGAAAACCACACUAGAUUUAUCUCUGGCCUCCGGGCAGGCGAUUACGAGCCCCCCUCCCUACUCAUGCAGCCUCGGACAAACUUUCUAUUUCUGUCCAGGAUUCAUGUUUGUAUUUAUGAACAACAUUUUCAAUGAAUAAAAGAUCUUAUGUCCAGACGAAAAAAAAA